AUGCGAACCGCCUUCUACUGUCCUCAAGUAAACAACGCUGAACGCACCAACCGCGUAUUGAUCACAUGCAUCCGCUCGCUAAUCGACGAAGAUCAUCGCUGUUGGGAUGAGAAUCUACCGGCGAUCACCGCAGCGAUCAACAGCGCGAAGCACGAAGUCACUGGAGUCAGCCCGCACUUCGCGAAUUUCGGCCGUGAUUUGAUUCUACACACUGAUCUCUACGCACAACAACACUUGAACGCCUCGGAUGAUCCAAAGAUCACACAGGAUCUACGACUAUCAGGAAUCAAGCGAAUCCAAGAGUUCAUCACGAAGAGGAUCAAGAAAGGUCACGAAGACUCCAAGCAGCGAUACAACUUAAGGAAGCGGACGGUAGAUUUCAAGAUUGGUGAUGUAGUAUGGAGAAGAAAGUUCAACCUGUCAUCGAAAGCAGAUCAUGUCAACCAAAAGCUGAAUCCAAAGUUCGUGCCAGCAGUUAUUCGAAAUGUGCUAGGUGCGAAUCUGUAUGAGUUAGAAGAUGUCUCGAGCGGGAAACGCGGACGCUAUCACGCGAAAGAUAUCAAAGCAGAUUAA